AUGUCUGACGAUCUGAGAAUGCUGAGAAUGCUCCAAAGCGACUCUGCUCUGGAGCUGAGCGAGUACCGAGACCAGCAGUUCAAUGGCAAUAACGAUGAGCAAGAGAAGUUACUGAAGGAAAGCUCUACGUUGUAUGUGGGAAAUCUUUCUUUUUAUACAACCGAAGAUCAAAUAUAUGAGCUCUUCGGUAGAUGUGGUGAUAUCAAGAAUGUAUUUAUGGGCCUAGAUAAAAUAAAGAAAACGGCAUGUGGUUUCUGCUUUGUAGAAUACCACACUAGAGCUGAUGCUGAAAAUGCCAUGCGGUUCCUCAAUGGGACCUACCUGGAUGACCGUAUUAUCCGUACGGAUUGGGAUCUAGGCUUUAGAGAGGGCAGACAGUACGGCCGAGGCCGAUCUGGAGGCCAGGUACGAGAUGAGUUUCGUGAGGACUUUGAUGCUGGCAGAGGAGGCUUUGGAAAACAGGCUCAGGCCUGUAAUAGGAAAGGAACGCACCAGUGAAAAAAUCUUCAGUGUUAGC